GUUUUAUUUUGGUGAGAGGGGUUCAAAUUCAUUCAUGAGGAGCUUUAUAGUACAGAAAGAAAACAACUGAUGCAUCGGAUCGUAUAAAAGUACCAGUGUUUUUAUUGUAUCAGACACAGCCUUUGCGUUUUUUUUUUGUGAGAACAAUAGUUCACAUUCCGAUGUUUUAAAGCCUCAAAAGGCAUUUCGCGUGGUGCAGAAGAAUUUGUUCUUUAAGGUGUAGUUUCAUCGAUUCACAAGUGAUAACAUGCGUCAUUAUAUUUUCGGACGGAUUAUUUUCCAUUUGACUUUUGGUUUACACGUUUAUGGAUAUGGGAGUUUUGCUCACUCUAGAGAAGUGGCUCAGUCACCCCCUGCCAAUGACUCCCUGGGUAAUCCCCAGAGGUUACCGAACAUCUCGCUGAGCCAGGAGGACAUCCAGCAGUUGAAGUUCAAGCCCACAGUGGGCCGCCUCCAGCUGUCAGAGGGAACGGAGAUAAAGCUGAACUGCUCUAUUAACAUCCCUCAAGUUUCCAUGGAUCCGAGCAUCGUGUGGUGGAAGGAUGAUAUGGACCUGACUGCCAGUGUGCAACCUGUGGUCAAUGACCUUCACACUUUUGGCCAAAACGACAUCACACUACUGUCUACUCUCAGCUUUAAAAGUGUCUUGCGGACUGAUGCUGGCAAAUACAUCUGCAAGCUGAACAUCAGCGGCAUGUUAAUCGAGUCCCAGCCCAUCAUUAUCCAGGUUGAAGGCCUGCCAAUGUUUACUCGGCAACCGGAGGAUAUGAAUGUGACGCGGGGAAGCCCCUUCACCCUGUACUGUGAGGCAGUGGGCCCCCCGGACCCGGUUACCAUUGUAUGGCUAAAAAACUCGGUGAAAGGCGCUGACAGCACCAAGAACUCCAUUACUGUGCCAGGUGUGAACAAACACACCCGGUUCAGCUGUGAGGCCCGCAACCCGAAGGGAGUCACGACCUCCAGAGAAGCACAGGUCAACGUCAAAGAGCUCCCAGCUCCAGUUUCUGAAGUGACCGCAGUGUCUCGGGCUUCCAACAACAUCUUGCUAAGAUGGACACCAGGGCAUGAUGGCUAUUCCCCACUCCGCAAGUGCCACAUUACGGUGAGACGGAUCACGCCUGGAAGCGGGGAAGCCGUACAGAAUAUUACCGUCUCAGUGCCACCGUUCCAAGGGGAUAUUCCUGGCCUGCGGGCCCUAACCUCGUACGACAUGAGCAUAUCCUGCAGCAACGAAAUCGGCCAGUCGCCAAACAGCCCCUGGGUUGCAUAUAACACUACAGAGGGAGUGCCAACAGCACCUCCCACCAAACUUUCAGUUCAGCUGAAUGAGACCUUGCUGGUUGUCCAAUGGGAAGCCCCCUCCCCACAUAGAGUGAACGGGAUCCUGCGAGGUUACGAUAUCGUCAUCACCCAGGGAGAGCAGGUCAAUAAGAUCCACAGUACCAUAAAUAUGAUCUACGUCCCAGUUAAGGUGUUCAACACCACAUAUCGUGUCCAGGUGGCAGCCUCCACAAAUGCAGGGACUGGAGUAUUCAGUGAACCUGUGUUCCACUUUGUACCAGAACCAGACAGACCCCUAUCUCCAUCCUCGAGUCCUAAGACGCGGGACUCUGACUCUGUGUACGUCGUGCUGGGAGUUGUGUGUGGCGUCUGUCUGCUGUUGCUGCUCCUGUGGGCCACCGUGUGUGUGCGCAGUAGAGUGCUGGAGACCCGCUUUCAGCAAGUAUUUGGAAGUAGAGAGGAAAGUCAACCUGUCAUCUAUUACAAAGCUCAGCGGACAUACAACCGAUCUGCUGUUGAAAAUACCCUUGCAAGACUGGGAAUCAGUGAAGAACUUCAGGCCAAACUACAGGAUAUGAUAAUUAUGAGAUCGUUGCUUUCCAUUGGAAAGGUCUUGGGAGAAGGGGAGUUCGGCUCAGUGAUGGAGGGUCAACUGAAGCUACAAGAUGGAACAUCUGAGAAGGUUGCAGUGAAGACCAUGAAAAUGGAUAACUUCUCUCAGAGGGAGAUAGAGGAGUUUCUGAAUGAAGCUGCUUGCAUGAAGGAUUUUCACCAUCCAAACGUCAUCAAACUUGUCGGUGUGUGUUUAGAGGUGGGGUCUGCCUGCUUCCCCAAGCCCCUGGUCAUCCUUCCAUUCAUGAAGUAUGGUGACUUGCACAGCUACCUGCUGUGCUCCCGACUGGAGGACAGUCCACAGUAUCUGCCAACACAGAUGCUUCUUAAAUUCAUGAUUGACGUUGCUAUGGGCAUGGAAUACCUCAGCAGCAAGAACUUCCUGCACAGGGAUCUGGCUGCUCGCAAUUGCAUGCUACGUGAUGAUAUGACCGUGAGUGUAGCGGAUUUUGGCUUAUCUAAGAAGAUCUACAGUGGGGAUUAUUACAGACAAGGCAGGAUUGCCAAGAUGCCUGUGAAAUGGAUUGCAGUGGAGAGCCUUGCAGACAGAGUCUUCACUGUCAAGAGUGAUGUGUGGGCUUUUGGGGUGACCAUGUGGGAAAUUGCAACACGAGGCAUGACUCCAUACCCUGGGGUUCAGAACCAUGAGAUUUAUGAUUAUCUGCUGGAAGGCCACCGGCUAAAGCAGCCUGCAGACUGCCUGGAUGACCUGUAUGACAUCAUGUUCAGUUGCUGGAGGACUGACCCAUCGGACCGGCCGGACUUCACCAAAGUGCGGGCUCGUCUGGAGGAGCUGGCAGAGAAGCUUCCUGGAGCAGCUAACAAGGAGGACAUCAUCUACAUGAAUACCAGCCAUCCUGAGGAGGAUCCACAUGACGAGGGAGAUGUUCACCUAUGCCAGCACCUGUUCAGCUCCUCCCCCUCCUGCAGCAACCCUACCUCUGACUCUACGCUUGUUUCUGUAGAUGUGCAUAAUUGCGUAGAGGAUGAUGACGACCGCUAUGUCGUCGUCAUGCGUUCAUCAGGUGACCGUGUGCCGGCAAAUGGCAGCAGUAUGGAUACGCCCCUUCUCCCCAGUCAUAGUGUCACUUCUGUAAAUGGCGGUCUGGCUCGGCAGACACCAGGGACUGAUAACAUCCUCUAAAAGUCCAUUCCUGCUCUGUGAGGAUGGAGGGGGAUGAUAAAAUAGUCACCUUCACACCUUGGUCUUCUGGGUUGUGUGAGGUUGCUAAAGCUCAUAAGUGAUCACUGCCUCCAAAAAUUGGUUCAGGUGGAAGAAUAUAAACAAUGCGGUCAUGAUGAUACAUAUUCCCUUUCUGGGGAGAGAGUGUUGAGCAAUUAUUACCGUAUACGCAUGAGCCAUCACUGCAACAAUCAUUUGCUGCAUUAAGCUGUGAAUAAGAUGUGACACAUUUGAAAAAGAACUGAAGAAUGAAUGCCAGUAUUUGUAGCUUUUACAAAAGUUAAAGGCAAAAUGGAAACCUUGAAGAUUAAAGAACUGAAGACUUUGAAUUAAUAUGAAAAUGGAUGCAUAUCUAUAAUAAUCAGUAUAGAUUUUUGUUAUAUUAGCCAAUGAAUCAAUCUAACUGUGGUCAUACAGUUUAAAUAUUUGGUAUUUUUCCAGUCAGCAUAAUAGGCAAUUGUCUAAGAUUUGCUCUGGGCAGGACAGCAAAUAGGAGGAAUAGGAGGAACAAUUCUUUAAUUGGGUAGGUGAGCAGUGCCAGUGUGUAAAGGGAGCUGGGCCAAUUGGGGGGGGGGGGGGGGGGUUACUGUUCUCUUAUGCCCCGAUUCUUACCUCACAAUUUAUAGAAAGGUGCCAAGUGCAAUGAUAUGUAAUGCUUAAGCUAAACCUGGUGAACAUUGGGCAAGAAUGUAUUAUAAAUAAUAAUCCUGGGCUUUUGUGCAAUGUUUAAAUAUUCAACAUGUAUACAAUUUUUUUGGAAGGCAUCUGAAGUGACAUAGAAAUGUAAUUUAUAGUUUUACCUGUAGAGUUAUAAACUACAUCCCUUUUGGAAACUAUUUUAUAGUGUUUAUUAGCUGAACACCAUUGAGCUUUCUGCUUAUGUUUAGAAUGCUAUUGUAAAAAAAAAAAAUACCAUAACUAUUCCCAUGUUUGAAUAUCUAUAAGCUAUCAAUCCAAUUGCAAUUCAGAGGAAUAUAACAUUUAUCUGUCUGUUACCUGAUAAUCACAAAAUGUCAAAGAAUCAUAUAUAAUAUAUAUAUAUUUUUUUAAUUUUCUUCAAAAUUUGACUUUGUGCCAUAAUUGGGCAGCUAUCAUCAACAGUAUUGUUCUGUAAUAGCGCUUUUAGCAAAAGUAUUUCACUUAAUUUUAAAAUUCUAAAAAUAA